AUGGCAGAUGAAGCACCAGAACCGAUUCGAAACAUCGGUAAAGUUCGAAAGUUUGUUGUUGGCACUGACUUCGAAGCGUAUGCCGAACAACUGGAAUUCUUUUUCGUAGCAAAUAGCGUGACUGAUGCUAAACAAAAGAAAGCUGUCCUGUUGACGAAUAUGCCUGCAGAAACCUACCAGUUAACAAAGGAUUUAUUUGCUCCACAUCUACUAAAAGAGGACACGAUCACGUACGAAGCGAUAGUCGAGCGACUUCAGAAACAGUUAAAGCCACAGAAAUCAGCAUUAGUAGCCAGAUACGAGUUUGAUAAUCGAGCGAGAAACGCUGGAGAGACGGUGAGUGAAUACGUAGCUGUUUUAAAACAUUUAGCUACAGAAUGUAAGUUCAACGAAACGAUGCGUUUAGAGCGACUUAGAGAUCGGUUAGUAUCUGGUAUUCGUGACAGAAAAAUGAUGUCAGAACUCUUAAAACUUAAGCUCGAAGAACUGACCUUUGACACAGCCGUUGCUAAAUGCAUCGCUAUUGAACAAUCAUGUAAGGACGUUGAAACUAUGCAAGGGGGGAGAGAUUCAAACCAUACGAAUAAGGAAUCAGAUUCAGUGAAUUUGUUAAAUAAACCUGAAGAGCAAAACAGGAAUGCGAAAGCCAAGAAAGGAAGGGACGCCUCUCCUUCCCCUGCAGACCCCAAGUGUUACCGUUGUCAUGGUGAUCAUCAGCAUAAAUCCUGCCCCUUUAAAAAUGCAAUUUGCCAUUAUUGUAAGAAGAGCGGUCAUAUUCGGAGAGCUUGUAGAAAACGAAGCAAAGAAACACAUAGUUUCAAACCCCCAGUAAAUCACAUUGAUGAUGAUGAUGAUAGUGACAGCGAUGAUUACCUGGCUAGUUUAGAAAUAAAUAAAGUGGGAAACAAAGAUAACGUAAUAUGGGUAACCCCCAAAGUUGAAGGAACACCCUUAAGAAUGGAGCUAGACACAGGCUCUGCAGUUUCAGUUAUCCCGUAUCAGUUAUACAGAGCUAAGUUUAGUCACAUAAAGCUACAGAGAAGUCAAAUCACACUUAAAACUUACACAGGGGAAAAGCUGUAUCCAAAAGGGAAAAUCAAUUGUAGAGUUAGUCUCGAUGGCCAGACAAGACAGCUAGAUAUUCAAGUUAUUGAGUCCCCGGGACCAGCGUUAUUUGGGCGCGAUUGGCUUUCUGUAAUCAAACUAGACUGGGGCGAGAUCAAAGCCCUUAAAGUAAACCAAGCGACAGACAAUGAGACACAGGGUAAGGUAAAUAACCUUUUGAAAAAGUAUAAAAGUGUGUUCGAUGAUGAUUUGGGCACCUUGAAGGGACACCAAGCUGACCUCAAAUUAAAAGAGAACUGUCGACCCCGAUACUGUAAGGCACGACAGGUGCCAUAUGCCUUGCGACCUAAGGUAGAAGCCGAGCUAACACGCCUUGAAAAGGAAGGGAUUCUAAACAAGGUGGAACAUAGUGAGUGGGCAACCCCUAUUGUACCUGUGGUCAAACGAAAUGGCUCAGUACGAAUAUGUGGGGAUUUCAAAGUCUCUGUUAACCCAGUUUUAAUCGCAGAACAAUACCCUUUGCCCCGUAUCGAGGAUAUUUUUGCCAAUCUGGCUGGGGGUAAGCAUUUUACCAAAUUAGACUUACGCCAAGCCUAUCACCAAAUGGAGGUCACUGAAGAGACACGAAAGUAUUUGACUAUUAACACACUUCCGAUCUGUCUAUUUCAGUAUCAGCGGUUAGUUUUCGGUGUGACGUCAAGCCCAGCAAUUUGGCAACGUGCCAUGGACCAGGUGUUACAGGGUAUACCUGGAACACAAUGCAUCCUUGACGACAUGAUAAUUACCGGAAAGUCCAAUGAAGAGCACUUAGAACGGUUAGAGGAAGUUCUAAAGCGAUUACAAGAGGCAGGUCUGAGAGCAAACAAAGAGAAGUGUGAAUUCUUCAAGGAGAAAGUUGUGUUUUGUGGCCAUGAAAUUGAUGCCAAUGGUUUACACAAAACCCAAGAGAAGAUCGAGGCAGUAGUGAACGCCCCUAGGCCCGAGAAUGUGUCACAAGUUCGAUCCUUCCUAGGACUGGUAAAUUACUAUAAUCGGUUUCUCCCCAACGCAGCUUCAGUUCUUCACCCACUACAUGUAUUGCUUCAGAAAAGUCACAAGUGGAAGUGGACUGAACAAUGUGAGAAAGCUUUUAAAAAUGCCAAGCACUUGAUAACCUCUGACCUAGUCCUAACCCACUACGACACAACGCUUCCAGUUAAGAUCGCAUGUGAUGCUUCACCAACCGGAAUUGGUGCAGUGUUGUCGCAUGUUAUGGCAGAUGGAAGUGAAAGACCAGUGGCUUUUGCAUCCAGAUCCCUCACCAAGACGGAGCGCAAGUACUCCCAGAUUGACAAGGAAGCACUGUCAAUUGUGUGGGGGGUCAAGAAGUUUCACAUAUAUUUGUAUGGGCGACGGUUUACACUAGUCACUGACCAUAAACCUCUGACAUCCAUUUUCCAUCCAGAAAAAGGAAUACCCAUAAUGACGGCCACAAGACUCCAACGCUAUGCAUUGUUCCUAGCUGGAUUCGAAUACGACAUUGAGUACAAGAAUACGAAAGAACACUGUAAUGCAGAUGGUCUAUCACGACUACCACUGCCAAUGACGGAGAAAGAGGAUACAGCUGUGGAUGCAGCUGACGUGUUUCAUGCAACCCAGUUAAACAUUCUCCCAGUCACCAGUGAAUCGGUAGCUAAAGAGACAAAUCGUGAUCCCAUAUUAGCCAGAGUUUAUGAUUCAAUAGUUAAAGGUUGGUCAGCACGUUUCGAGGGAGACAAGCCCUACCAUGACCGACAGAGUGAACUUACAGUUCAUCAAGGUUGUAUCCUUUGGGGAAUGAGAGUGGUCAUCCCUAGCAAGUUGCAAGAGAGAAUUCUGCGAGAGCUACAUGAUAGUCAUUUGGGUAUCGUCAAGAUGAAGGCCCUAUCACGAAGCUAUGUGUGGUGGCCAAACAUCAACCAACAGUUGGAGAACGUAGCGAAAACCUGUAGUGGUUGUCUACAGAACCAAAAGAUGCCAUCCAAGGUAUCCUUACACCCAUGGGAAUGGACCACUUCACCAUGGCAACGUGUACAUAUUGAUUAUGCUGGUCCUUUUAAGGAUACUAUGUUCCUGGUGGUGGUCGACGCACACAGCAAGUGGCCAGAAGUAAUUCCUAUGAAGUCGACAACCGCAGCGAAGACCAUUGAAGUACUACGAAAUUUGUUUGCACGAUUCGGAAUCCCGGAACAGAUUGUCUCCGAUAAUGGCCCCCAAUUCGUCUCAGAAGAAUUCCGGUCGUUUAUGAAAUCUAAUGGAGUAAAACACAUCACCUCUGCCCCAUACCACCCUGCUACAAAUGGCCUUGCAGAAAGAUCAGUGCAAACAUUCAAACAGGCACUGCGUUCAAUGGAAGAAAGUUCGAAGCCAAUUCAAGAGAAGUUAGCAAAAUUUCUUAUAACCUAUAGAAAUACCCCACAUUCAACAACUGGAGAGAGCCCAGCACAACUUAUGCUUGGCAGGCCAAUACGGACACGUUUAGACUUAGUUAAACCUAAUCUGAACAGGAAGAUGGUGAUCAAACAACAGGAGCAGAGCAGGAAGUCGGCCAGUGCCAAGAACAGAGCAACACGACAGUUGGAAGUGGGAGACAUGGUAAUGGCACGUGAUUACCGAGGAAAUCUAAAGUGGAGAUCGGGAAAGGUCAUUGAAAGGAUCGGACCUUUGAUGUAUAAGAUCGAAGUGACAUCGGGCGUAAUCUGGCGCAGACAUAUUGACCAACUGCUGCCAACCGAAGUUAAACUAAGCACAAUACAGGACAGGGAGCAAACUGCAAAUAUGGGAGUAGUGCAGCCGGAAGUGAUAUCCAGUUCAAGUGAACAGACGUUGCCAAUAGUAGCAGCAGACUUGCAAGUGCAACAGGGCUCCAGCACCCACGAACUUGUAAAUGAGAGCACUACAGAGACAUCAAUGCCUCUGGCGACAACGAGCGAACGAAGAUAUCCAGAAAGAGUGAGGAAACCACCUGUGAGACUUGAUCUCUAA